AUGGGAGGUCAAGGCUCUAAGAUUGGUAGAUGUUGUUGGGAUUCAUCACACAAAACUACUCUUCCUGAACCUCCCCAUGUUGAAAACGAAGAGUACAGUGAGGAAACAGAUUUGCUGCCUUUCCGUGAAUACCCACUAGAACAGCUUAAGAUGGCCACCUCUGGGGAAACACAACCGAUGAGAUGGGAGAUGCGACUACGGGUUGUUUUACACCUUGCAGAAGCUCUUGAAUAUUGUAGUAACAAAGGACGCACUCUGUAUCAUGACCUCAAUGCUUACAGAGUUUUAUUUGACGAGGAAUGCAAUCCAAGACUUUCAACAUUCGGUUUGAUGAAGAAUAGCAUGGAUGGGAAAGGUUACAGCACAAAUCUUGCCUUUGCCCCUCCCGAGUAUCUACGAACUGGGAGAAUGAGUGCAGAGAGUGUGAUUUACAGCUUUGGUAUUCUUCUGCUUGAUAUUUUCACUGGAAAGCAUAUUCCUCCUAGCCAUGCCCUUGAUUUGAUUCGAGACAGAAAUCUUCAGACGCUAGCCGAUUCUUGUUUGAAGGGACAAUAUUCCGACAGCGAUGGCGCUGAGUUAGUACGCCUGGCAUCUCGCUGUCUUCAGUAUGAAGCUCGUGGGCGACCAAACAUAAAACAUUUGAUAACUGCACUGACACCUCUCCAGAAAGAUGCAGAGGUCCCGUCUCAUGUGCUAAUGGGUCGUGGUACUUUAGUGUCACCUUUAUCUCCUUUUGGCGAGGCUUGUUUGCGAAAGGACCUGAACGCUAUGCUUGAGAUGUUGGAUAAGAUUGGAUACAAAGAUGACGAAUUGGUGUCGUUUCUGUUGACGGACGAGAUGCAAGAAGCUGUAGAGUCGAAGAAGAAAGGCGAUAUUGCAUUUAGACGGAAAGACAUAAAAGAAGCCAUUGAGUUUUACACUCAGUUUCUUGACUUGGGAAUGAUAUCUGCAACAGUCUGUGUGAGACGCAGUCUAAGUUACAUGAUGAGUAACAGGGCGAAAGAAGCCUUAGAGGAUGCAAUGAAAGCACAAGGCAUUUCCCCAGUAUGGUACGCUGCAUUGUAUCUCCAGUCUGCAGCACUUGCUGCCUUGGGAAAGGAGAAGGAAUCACAGAUGGCACUUAUGGAUGGAUCGGACCUUGAAGCAAGAAAGAUUUCAGCUUCCACACAGACCUGA